CGAUUCCGUUACAUCGGCUCAUUGGAGGAAAUCGGAGAAUGGAGGAGGAAAAGUUAGAAAUCGUCGGACCAUUGGAGGAGCCGUUGAUGGGAAACAUUGUACCAGAGGAGAUCAACGGCUCUGAUUCGCUUUCGUCGUCAGAUACUGAUAGCGAGAAACCAGAUUCUCCCGUUCCGAUCAAUGCUCCGAUCUACCGGAUGUUUGGAAGAGAACGACCAAUUCACAUGGUUCUCGGCGGAGCUGCUGAUGUGAUACUAUGGAGAGACAAGAAGGUCACCUUAGGAUUACUCAGUGUAGUGACUGUGAUUUGGCUUUUGUUUGGAUUUUGUGGUUGUCGUCUUCUCACAUCAAUUUGUCGUGGCUCGAUCCUCUUUCUGCUUCUAUCAUUCCUCUGGUCCAAUGCCCUCAACAAAUCUCCAGAGAACAUAAUGGAGAUUUAUAUUCCUGAGAAGCCAUUACUCCAAGCUGCUUCUGCGAUGACCUUUGAGCUUAACUGUGCUUUUGCAACCUUAAGGAGCAUUGCUUUAGAGAGAGACAUCAAAAACUUUGUUAUGGCACUCAUCGGACUUUGGCUUGUAUCGAUCAUCGGAAACUGGUUCAGCUUCUUGUCAUUGCUCUACAUCUGUUUUGUACUGAUUCACACGGUGCCAAUGCUUUAUGAGAAGUACGAAGAUGAGAUUGAUCCCAUUGCAGAGAAGGCUGUGAUUGAGAUGAAGAAGCAAUACCAAGUUUUUGAAGCCAAGGUUUUAAGAUCUCCCUUAUUCCCGUUUCCAAACAGACUCUCUGCUUCUCAAUCCAAAUGGCGCGACUAUUCCCUCCCUCAAGCCGUCAAGUUCGUCGCUAAGAACGGGACUGUGAUCGUAUGCGCCGUGAGCUAUCCUUACUUGCCUUUUCUCAACAAUUGGUUGAUUAGUGUUUCUAGACAGAAGCAUCAGGAUCAAGUUCUCGUUAUCGCUGAGGAUUACGCUACUCUCUAUAAGGUUAACGAGAAAUGGCCUGGUCACGCCGUUCUCAUUCCUCCGGCGCUCGAUUCUCAGACCGCACACAAAUUCGGUUCUCAGGGUUUCUUCAAUUUCACAGCUAGGAGGCCUCAACAUCUCUUGCAAAUUUUGGAGUUAGGUUACAAUGUUAUGUACAACGAUGUUGAUAUGGUCUGGUUGCAAGAUCCAUUUCAGUAUUUGGAGGGAAAGCACGAUGCGUACUUCAUGGAUGAUAUGACUGCGAUUAAGCCUUUGGAUCACUCUCAUGAUUUACCACCUCCGGGUAAAAAGGGAAGGACUUAUAUUUGUAGCUGUAUGAUUUUCUUGCGUCCCACUGAUGGGGCAAAACUUCUCAUGAAGAAAUGGAUCGAGGAGCUUGAAACCCAACCUUGGUCCAGAGCUAAGAAAGCAAAUGAUCAGCCUGGUUUUAACUGGGCACUUAACAAAACAGCUCAUCAGGUGGAUCUCUACUUGCUAUCUCAGGCAGCUUUCCCAACAGGAGGAUUGUAUUUCAAGAACAAAACAUGGGUUAAAGAAACAAAGGGAAAACAUGUCAUAAUCCACAAUAACUACAUUGUCGGUUUUGAGAAGAAGAUCAAACGUUUCCGUGACUUUAAUCUAUGGCUAGUCGAUGACCAUGCUUCCGAGUCUCCAUUAGGGAAAUUAGAUAAUCUCUCCGGAGUUGCAUGUAAAGAAAUGGGUUCUCUGGAAUCUGGGAUUCCGACGAAGAGAGAUAACGGCGGCGGGAGAAGUGGAAGACAACAACAACUACAACAACAGCAACAGUUCUUCUUGCAGAGAAACAGAUCGAGACUCUCCAGAUUCUUUCUAUUGAAGAGUUUUAAUUACCUUCUAUGGAUUUCCUCAAUUUGUGUGUUCUUCUUCUUCGUUGUGCUCUUCCAGAUGUUUUUGCCAGGUUUGGUGAUUGAUAAAUCUGAUAAACCAUGGACUAGUAAGGAGAUUUUGCCACCUGAUUUAGUGGGUUUUAGGGAGAAAGGGAUUUUGGAUUUCGGUGAUGAUGUUAGAUUUGAGCCCACCAAGCUUCUGAUGAAAUUCCAGAGAGAAGCUCAUGGUUUGAAUUUCACAUCAUCUUCUCUUAAUACGACUCUGCAGCGUUUUGGAUUCAGAAAGCCUAAACUAGCUCUGGUUUUUGCCGAUUUGUUAGCUGAUCCAGAACAGGUGUUGAUGGUGUCUCUCUCCAAGGCACUGCAAGAGAUUGGCUAUGCAAUUGAGGUUUACUCGCUUGAAGACGGUCCAGUGAAUAGUAUUUGGCGGAAAAUGGGAGUUCCUGUCACAAUACUCAGGACUAAUCAUGCAUCGAGUUGUGUUAUCGACUGGCUGUCCUAUGAUGGCAUAAUUGUGAACUCUCUCCGAGCUAAGAGUAUGUUUACUUGCUUCAUGCAAGAACCUUUCAAAUCUUUGCCUCUUAUUUGGGUCAUCAACGAAGAAACUCUUGCUGUUCGGUCUAGACAGUACAACUCAACAGGGCAGACUGAACUCCUCACUGACUGGAAAAAGAUUUUCAGCCGGGCAUCGGUCGUAGUCUUCCAUAAUUAUCUCCUUCCGAUACUCUACACCGAGUUCGAUGCUGGCAACUUCUAUGUGAUUCCCGGAUCUCCUGAAGAUGUAUGGAAAGCAAAGAAUCUGGAGUUUCCUCCACAGAAAAAUGAUGUGGUCAUUUCCAUUGUGGGAAGUCAGUUCUUGUACAAGGGUCAAUGGCUGGAACAUGCCCUGCUUCUGCAAGCUCUACGGCCGUUAUUUCCAGGCAAUUACCUUGAAAGUGAUACUUCCCAUCUCAAGAUCAUUGUUUUAGGUGGAGAGUCAGCUUCCAACUACAGCGUAGCUAUUGAGACAAUUUCCCAGAACUUGACAUAUCCCAAAGAUGCUGUGAAGCACGUAAGCGCCGCGGGGAAUGUUGAUAAGAUACUUGAAAGUUCUGAUCUUGUUAUAUAUGGAUCAUUUCUUGAGGAGCAGUCUUUUCCAGAAAUUUUGAUGAAGGCCAUGUCCUUGGGAAAACCUAUAGUUGCACCAGACCUCUUCAACAUUAGAAAACAUGUUGACGACAGGGUUACUGGGUAUCUCUUCCCCAAGCAGGAUCUUAAGGUUCUAUCGCAAAUUGUGCUUGAAGUGAUAACAGAAGGGAAAAUAUCUUCAUUGGCUCAGAAGAUUGCCAUGAUGGGGAAAACAACUGUUAAAAAUAUGAUGGCUCGGGAAACCAUAGAAGGUUAUGCAGCUCUACUAGAUAAUAUGCUCAAGUUUUCUUCGGAAGUUGCUUCUCCUAAGGAUGUACAAAAAGUUCCUCUAGAACUGAGAGAAGAGUGGAGUUGGCAUCCGUUUGAAGCUUUUCUGGAUACAUCGCCAAAUAAUAGAACAGCAAGAAGUUACGAGUUUUUAGCGAAGGUUGAGGGGCAUUGGAACCAUACCCCAGGAGAAGCUAUGAGAUUUGGAGCUGUUAAUGAUGAUUCGUUCGUGUAUGAAAUUUGGGAAGAGGAGAGAUAUCUUCAAAUGAUGAAUAGUAAAAAAAGACGAGAAGACGAGGAGCUGAAAAGCAGAGCCUUGCAGUAUCGUGGGACAUGGGAAGAAGUAUAUAAAAGCGCCAAAAGGGCAGACCGAAGUAAGAAUGAUCUACAUGAGAGGGAUGAAGGGGAGCUGCUAAGAACCGGUCAACCUUUAUGCAUAUAUGAACCCUAUUUUGGUGAAGGAACCUGGUCGUUUCUACAUCAAUAUCCCCUCUAUCGUGGGGUUGGCCUGUCAGUUAAAGGACGGAGACCUAGGAUGGAUGAUGUCGAUGCAUCAUCACGUCUUCCGCUUUUCAACAAUCCAUACUAUCGCGAUGCUCUUGGUGACUUUGGAGCAUUUUUUGCAAUCUCAAACAAGAUUGAUCGUUUACACAAGAAUUCAUGGAUUGGGUUUCAGUCCUGGAGAGCGACUGCCAGGAAGGAAUCUUUAUCCAAUAUUGCUGAGAACGCAUUACUUAAUGCUAUACAAACACGGAAACACGGAGAUGCCUUAUAUUUUUGGGUUCGCAUGGACAAAGAUCCCAGAAAUCCUCUGCAGAAACCCUUUUGGUCGUUCUGUGAUGCCAUAAAUGCUGGGAAUUGCAGGUUUGCUUACAACGAAACUUUGAAGAAAAUGUACAGUGUCAAGAACUUGGACUCACUGCCACCAAUGCCUGAGGAUGGGGAUACAUGGUCUGUGAUGCAGAGCUGGGCAUUGCCAACAAGAUCCUUCUUAGAGUUUGUCAUGUUCUCAAGGAUGUUUGUGGAUUCACUGGAUGCACAGAUAUAUGAAGAGCAUCAUCGAACAAACCGUUGCUAUCUGAGUUUAACCAAAGACAAGCAUUGCUAUUCGAGGGUACUAGAGCUUCUGGUGAACGUAUGGGCUUACCACAGCGCAAGACGCAUUGUCUACAUAGAUCCUGGGACUGGUUUGAUGGAGGAGCAACACAAACAGAAGAACCGGCGAGGGAAAAUGUGGGUGAAGUGGUUCGAUUACACAACUCUGAAAACAAUGGACGAAGAUCUAGCUGAAGAAGCAGACUCAGACCGUCGUGUGGGUCACUGGCUAUGGCCAUGGACUGGUGAGAUCGUGUGGCGCGGUACAUUAGAGAAAGAGAAGCAAAAGAAGAAUUUAGAGAAAGAGGAGAAGAAGAAGAAAAGUCGAGAUAAGCUAACUAGAAUGAGAAGUAGAAAUGGUCGUCAGAAAGUGAUCGGAAAAUAUGUAAAACCCCCGCCUGAGAACGAAACUGUUACCGGAAAUUCCACUUUGUUAAAUGUAGUAGACGCAUAAAAAAACAAAUUAAAAUUGCUUUU